AUGAAGCUUCUCCUAUCAUUGCUUGCUCUUCAGUUCUGUUUUGCAGGAUUUCACAUUGUCUCGAGACUUGCACUCAACAUGGGUGUUAGCAAAGUUGUUUACCCAGUCUAUAGAAACAUCAUAGCACUAGUUCUGUUGGGACCCAUUUCUUAUUUUUCGGAGAAGGAAGAGAGACCACCUCUUACUUUCCCUUUGUUGGUUCAGUUCUUCUUUCUUGCAUUGUGUGGGAUUACUGCUAAUCAGGGAUUUUAUCUCCUUGGUCUGUAUUAUGCAUCUCCAACUUUUGCUUCUGCAAUGCAAAAUUCAGUUCCUGCAAUCACUUUUGCCAUGGCUGCAGUUCUAAGGUAAUUGGAAGAUCUUCUCCUUAGUUACUUGAUCUCCCCACUCUCCUAUGAUUCUCACAGGCUUGAGGAAUUUAAAAUAUCAAGGAGAGAUGGAUUGGCAAAAGUUCUAGGAACCAUUGUUAGUAUUGGAGGUGCCACUGUCAUUACUCUCUACAAGGGCACACCUCUACUGCACCAUACUAGUCACCCACUGGGGAUUUCAGUAGAAGGAGAAGCAUUUGGUCCUUCAAAAAAUGUCCAGAACUGGACAUUGGGUUGUCUUUACCUGCUUGGACAUUGCUUAUCAUGGGCUGGUUGGAUGGUUUUUCAGGCUCCGACAAUAAAGAAGUACCCAGCCAAACUUACACUCACUUCAUUCACUUGCUUCUUUGGUGUAAUACAGUUCUUGGUUAUAGCAGCCUUUGCAGAAACAGAUCUUGAUCGUUGGAAAAUCAAAUCCGGAGAAGAGCUUUUAACCAUCCUCUAUGCUGGAGUUGUGUCUUCUGGGAUUGUUGUUGCUCUUCAAACAUGGUGUAUCCACAAAGGAGGACCAGUUUUUGUUGCAGUCUUUCAGCCUGUGCAGAUGGUUUUAGUUGCAAUCAUGGCAUCUCUGAUACUUGGUGAUCAAUUAUAUGCAGGAGGGAUUAUUGGUGCAGCUCUCAUCAUCAUUGGUCUUUACUCAGUUCUUUGGGGGAAAAAUGAAGAGAAGAAACUGAGAAGUCAAGUGGGGGAAGAAACAUUAACAAAGCAUCUCCUUGAUGAGGAAAGUGCCAUUAAAGAAAGUGAAACUGGGUCUGACUUGCCAUGA